GCGCCGGGGGAGGCUACGCCCCUUCGGUCCUGUCAGGCCGCCGCUGCCGCCGCCAUGAGCAGCAAGGUCUCCCGCGACACCCUGUACGAGGCGGUGAAGGAGGUGCUGCAGGGCAGCAAGACCAAGAAGCGCAAGUUUGUGGAGACGGUGGAGCUGCAGAUCAGCCUCAAGAACUACGACCCGCAGAAAGACAAGCGCUUCUCCGGCACCGUCAGGUUCGGCCUCCUCUUGCUCCCACCCAGCCUUCAGCCCGCGCCCCCCCUGCGCCGCCAGGCCCUGCCGUGGAGCGGGACGGCUGCUGCAGCGUGAGGACGCGGCGCUGAACCGCUCGGGUAGUUCAGACCUCCCUGGUGAAACGGGGGCGGCUGGACGGACCCCAACCCUGGGUCUUAAAACAUGAGGGGAGGUGGGUGCUGUCCCCACCGGCCUGCUGGGGAAGGCAGGUUAGAAGCUGUGAAGGAAGAGGUCCAGGCACUGUGGCUGAAGUCAACGCCACGGCCCAAGUUCUCUGUGUGCCUGCUGGGGGACCAGCAGCACUGCGAUGAGGCCAAAGCAGUUGACAUCCCUCACAUGGACAUAGAAGCUUUGAAAAAGCUCAACAAAAACAAGAAGCUGGUGAAGAAGCUGGCCAAGAAGUACGAUGCCUUCCUGGCUUCAGAGUCCCUGAUCAAGCAGAUUCCUCGAAUCCUGGGACCAGGGCUGAACAAAGCUGGCAAAUUCCCUUCUCUUCUCACUCACAAUGAGAACCUGGUGGCCAAGGUUGAUGAGGUCAAAUCUACCAUCAAGUUUCAGAUGAAGAAGGUGCUCUGUCUGGCUGUGGCUGUUGGUCAUGUGAAGAUGACAGAGGAUGAACUUGUCUACAACAUCCACCUGGCCAUCAACUUCCUGGUGUCCUUGCUGAAGAAGAACUGGCAGAACGUGCGUGCUCUGUACAUCAAGAGCACCAUGGGGAAGCCCCAGCGUCUGUACUAAUGGGGCAGCAAUAAACUUUUAGGAUACCUUA